UUCCAUCUUCUUCACAAAAAAGAAAAAGAAAAAAAUGGACAUGAACAUCGUUUCCGGGAUGCUCUACUCCACGGCGCUCAUUCCAGUUGCUCUCUUCGUCGCCUUUGCGCUUCUCCUCUUGAAAACCUUUGCCGGCAAGUCCCUCCUUUGCUCUAAGUAUCCGCCCAUUCACGGGACGGUCUUUGGUCAACUCAUCUACUUCAACCGGCUCUACGACUACAUGACCAAACUCGUGAGGAGAUCUCCGACAUUCCGUCUCCUCGAGCCAGACCAGAAUGUGAUCUACACGGUCGAUCUGAGAAAUAUUGAGCACAUAUUAAAGACCAACUUCGAUAACUACACGAAGGGCAAGUACAACAUAGACAUAAUGAAGGAUUUGCUCGGGGAGGGGAUUUUCAUGGUGGAUGGAGAGAAGUGGAAGAAGCAGAGAAAGGUCGCAAGCUUCGAGUUUGCAACAAGGGUGCUCAGAGAUUUUAGCUGUUGCGUCUUCAGGAAGGAUGCUGCGAAGCUGGUCAAGGUAUUGGAGGAGUUAUCAGCUGCUUCCAAGGGAUUCGAUAUGCAAGAUAUAUUGAUGAGUUGCACUUUGGAUUCCAUCUUUAAAGUUGGAUUUGGUGUGGAACUGAAUUGCUUGGAUGGAUCAAGCAAAGAGGGAAGAGCUUUCAUGAAAGCAUUUGAUGAGGCAAAUGCACUAAUCUACUGGCGAUUUGUCGAUCCCUCUUGGAAGCUCAAAAGACUUCUCAACAUCAGUUCGGAAGCUCGUCUUCGGAAUAACAUUACACUCAUGGACAAUUUCGUGCAUCAACUAAUCAGAACCAAGAGGAAUCAACUCCCAGGGCAGCGAGAGCAUAAUGACAAGGAGGACAUUCUCUCAAGAUUUUUGCUCGAGAGCGAGAAAGAUCCAGAGAAUAUGAAUGAUAAGUACUUGAAGGAUAUAAUUCUGAAUUUCAUGAUCGCUGGAAAAGAUACUACUGCAAAUACCUUAUCAUGGUUCCUUUACAUGCUCUGCAAACACCCCCUAGUGCAGCAAAAGAUUGCUGAUGAAAUAAAGGAAGUGAUGGGAGAUCAAGCAAGUGAAGCUAACCCUGAUUGUUUCGUGGAAAGAAUUACUGAUCAUGUUCUCGACCGAAUGCACUAUCUUCAUGCCACGCUCACAGAGACAUUAAGGCUCUAUCCUGCAGUUCCGACGGAUGGAAGAUGUGCUGAAAAAGAUGACAUUCUCCCAGAUGGCUUCCACGUGAAAAAAGGGGACUGCGUUUAUUACUUGGCUUACUCAAUGGGAAGAAUGCAGAACAUCUGGGGAGAAGAUGCUGAGGAUUUCAAACCAGAAAGAUGGUUGAACGAUGGAAUUUUCCAAAACGAAUCACCUUUCAAAUUUGUUGCAUUCAAUGCUGGUCCUAGGAUCUGCCUUGGGAAGGAUUUCGCUUAUCGCCAGAUGAAAAUAGUUUCAAUAGCUCUCCUUCACUUCUUCCGUUUCGGAUUAGUUGAUGAAACUAGACCUGUAACCUACAAGGUCAUGUUGACCCUUCACAUCAACAAUGGCUUACAUCUUCGUGUUGUUCCCAGAUUGGCUUCGUAAGAACUGGACCAUCAUUAAGUAUGGUCCAUCACAGUAUAUGGAUUUCUAAUGUUGGAUGCUAGUGGUUUCCACUUAUAAGUAAGCAUGUACACUACAAGAUCUUACUAUUGCAUGUAAACAUUGGACUAUUAAGAUGUUUUGCUUAAAUUCCAUA